UAUUCUAAAAGUGAGAGAAAGAGAGAGGGAGAGAGAGAGCAAUUAGUAAUAAAAUACAUAACAUCUUUUAAUGCUUUUACCAAUGGGAAUCGAUCAAUUUUAUAUAAUGAAAAAAUUAAAAUGAUCGAAAUUGAGGGACACAGAAUGACCUAAUAAAUUUUAACACACAAAUAAUGCUCAUGUAUCUACUAUUUCGUUAAAUUUUUUUAUAUGUGUAUAUAUACAUACAUUUUCUUUUAAUUAUAAAAUUAAAAAAAAUUUUUAAUUACUGGUCAAAACGAUUAAUAUCUUGUAUCGGUAAUUAUCUUGUAUCUUGAGGUAAUUUAUUAAUUAAUUUUUUUCCAAGUUCAAAUAAUUAUAAUUGAUAUAUUUAUUGUUAAUAUAGAUGAUUAUUUAAAAAAAUAUAUAUAUAAGCUAAGAACGUAGUAUGGAAUAUAUAAACUUAGAUUUUCGAAAGCACUAUUCAAUAUCUAUGAAUAGCUGAUGCAUAUAAAGGUGUGUAGAAGGACGAUAGCGUCGUCAUAGCGCAAUGCGGAGAUCCGAAAUAUACAUGUAUGUAUGAUACUUUCCUAGAUCCCUUUAACAAUUAUUGAUAUUAUCAUUUGAGAAUUUGCCUUAUUUACAUUCUGAUAAUACAUUAUUUCUUUUCUUUUUAUAAAUUUUGCAUCAAAUAUUUAACGAUGAUUACAUCUCCCGUCCAUUUAUAUAUAUAUAUAUUAUAUAUUUAUAUUUUGUAUAUGUAUGUGUGUGAGUGUGUGUAUAUAUAUAUGUAUGUGUGUGUAAGCUUAAAGUGUAAUAAUAUGCGAGAAAACCAAUGAAAGUGUGAAGUUAUUUUUACGAUAUAGGACAUUACUUGUUAAUGGAACGGAUCUUCGAUAAACCACUUGUGUCAAAGCUUAGAUUAAAGUUUAUAAAUGUAUUUUCUACAAAGACCGUGACUUCACUUAAUCUACUGUUAAUACCAUACGAUAUUCUUCUAAAAGAUAAGAAUUCUAAAAGAAAAGAUUGAAACGAUGAAAUAAUAAUAGUUGAAAGAAUCAAGAGAUCAAAAAGAAAAGGAUACAAAACGAUCGAAGAUUUGAAGUUUUUUUUGAUCAUGUAUGCAUGUGUAUGUACAAAUACAUAUAUAUGUAAUAAUCCAAAUAUUUAGAUUUAGAUUAUGGUUAGGAAAAUUUAUUGUUAAUACGAUACGCGCGAUACGAUAAUCAAUAUCGUUAAUACUAUCGAUCUUUUUAAUCGAUAAUAAAUUAUUUAUCGUAUAUGGUAAGAUAUCAGUGCAGUUAGUUAGUUAAUGGCAAUAUUUAAAUAUUAAGAGUACGUCUAAUACGAUAAUAUCGAAUGAGUAGAAAUGCAUUCAUGUGUUACAUAUUAUUUUUGAAUGAAUUGUAGGAGAAUACGUAAUUUUCGAUAUACGAUCGAUCUGAAACAGUUUCUUUUUAUUACUAUGCGCAGUUGUUGCUCGAGCGACCUUGUGUAACAUGAAACAAAAGACGAUGGAUGCAAUGACUGUCGUCCAUUACGAACACGAUACAUACAGCUUCCUCGUUCCUUCAUUUUCACGAAAAUAUCAAAAGGUAAAAGACGAGAUACAAGGAAACCUAUUAAAUAGGUGAAUAAUAUACAAAGUGUGAAGCGAUUAUUGCAAUGAUCGCUGUUUUUUCCUGGAGCAUAAUAUCGAGUCGGAGUACACAGCAAUCCCAACCAGGAAAUUUGGAAUUGGUAGUGUUGCUCUGACAGUGACGUCUGAGCCGAGUCCUAAACCAAGGUGAAGAUUUUGGACGGUAUAACAAAAUGACCGAUCAGCUAGAGCAACAGCAGCAGCAGCAGCAGCAGCAGCAACAACAGCAAUCGCAACAGCAGACCAAAGGCAACGAUGAGCCACGGACAAAUUUGAUUAUCAACUAUCUUCCACAAAGUAUGACGGAGAAGGAUCUUUACAGCUUAUUCGUGACGAUAGGACCUGUUGAAUCAUGUCGUGUCAUGAAAGAUUACAAAACCGGAUACAGUUAUGGCUUUGGUUUUGUAAAUUAUACAAAGGCUGAAGAUGCUAUUACUGCUAUAAAUACAUUAAAUGGUCUUCAAGUACAAAAUAAGCGGUUAAAGGUAUCUUUUGCACGUCCUUCUGGAGAAGAGAUAAAAGAAACAAAUCUCUAUGUGACUAAUUUACCAAGAAAUAUAACAGAAAGUCAGAUCGAUGAUAUAUUUAGCAAAUUUGGGAAUAUAGUGCAAAAAAAUAUUUUGAAGGAUAAAUUGACUGGCUUACCAAGAGGUGUAGCCUUUGUAAGAUUUGACAAACGUGAAGAGGCACAAGAAGCAAUUGCACAACUUCAUGGUACAAUUCCAGAAGGUGGUUCAGAAAGACUCAGUGUAAAGAUCGCGGAAGAACAUGGAAAACAGAAAGCAGCAUAUUAUGCAGGUUGGCAGGCUGGAUAUAAUCAAAGUCGAGGGGGAGGAAGCAGCGGCGGCAGCAGCGGAGGUGGAGGUGGUGGUGUAAGCGGGAGCCUCAGUAGCAGCGGGGGUGGAAGAGGACGAGGUGGCAUCGGUGGACCGCCAGGAAUCGGAAUGGGUAUUGGAGGUGGAGGAGGUGGCGGGCCGGGAAUGCUUGGCAGAGUAGCCGGAGGGGGCUUUGGUCCACGCGGUGCUCAUCACGGUGGCUUCAUCGGAGGUGGAGGAGGACCUGGAGCAAUGAGGAUGGAGAAGCUACAUCCGCAUCGUUUCAAUCCCAUCGCCAAACCCCAACGUUCUUCAUUCUCAACCAACAUGGAUACCUCGGGACGACGAGCUGUGAAAUAAACGCGCAUCUGUCGCACGUAUGUUUUGUAUUAAAAGACUCAAGAGGAGAAGCUGGUCUGUCACUAUGGGGAUACAAUGGGUCGAGGUAAGAAAAGGCCACACCGAUUCGCUCAACUUUCUCGGAUCUCCUCUCUACACAUCUUCGAGGGAUAUGGUUUACGAUAAAACUUUUGUUAUGUCACGAACAAUUAAAAAAAGAAAAAAAAAACAAAAAGAAAAAAAACUAAAAGAAAACAACAAAAAGGAUCGUCCUAGGUAAAUUUGAAUUUCUAUUAUAUAAACAUUUAACAAUGAUUUCAUCGUAAACUUUACUACGUCAGAUAUAUAUAUCGAAGAUAUACUAGAAUUUAAGACUACAAUGAUAAGAGAAAAGUUCAUUCUUUUUUUUUUUCUUCUCCUUUUUUUUCUUUUUUGUUUCCAUGAAUUUUCCUAUUUCGAUACACAUAAGUCGUUUCGAAUAAGAAUGAAAUUAGCAUAUCGAUAUUUUAUAUAUAUGUAUUAGCAUAUUAAUGUUAAUGUCUCAUUAUCAGUGAUCGAUCAUUCAAAUAUCUUUAAGUAAGAUAAAAAAUUGCGUUUCUUCAGUCUUUCGACUAUAAUGUAGUUUUCUUUUUUUUUGUUUUUUUUUUUCUUUUUUUUUAAAUAUCGACACGAACGUUAUAGAUUUGUAAAAAUACACAUAUACACAGACAGUGAAGUGUAUUUAAUAUACUUCGUAUAUCGAAUAAUAUUGUCUUCGAAAUUGUCUCUAAAUUCUAAAAGAAUGUGUAUAUAUAUAUAUAUAUAAAUAUAUAAAUAUAUAUACAUAUAUAUAUAUAUAUAAGAUUAUAUAUAUGAGUUUUGUUCAAACUAUAAUUUACUACGUAAGAAUGUAAAUCUUUCUCCUAAUGAAAGAAAAUGAUCUCUCGUAAAAUGUCUACAUUCCUCGUGUGCAUGAUUAAACAUUUAUCGUAUCACCCUUCGA